AGCAAGAACAAGAUAUCAAUCCUCAACAUGGCCUCAAGCUCAUCAUCAGCCCAGCUACUGUCCACACCGGUCCCUCUGCCCUGCGGGCGUGUCGUACCCAAUCGGCUCUGCAAAGCUCCCAUGGUGGAAAUGCAGGCUCCCCUUGGCGGCGGACCCUUGGGCGACAAGGAGUUGCGCAUCUACGAAGAGUGGGCAGAAGGAGGAUGGGGCAUGAUCAUUACAGGCAAUAUUGCUAUCGACGAGACCCACCUUGGUACGCCCUGGGACGUCAACUUCAAGCAGUCCGUCCCGUCAGAGCACAUGGAGCAGUUCAAGCGCUACGCUGCCGUGUGCAAGAGUGGGCGCGCUGCAGGAGGAGGAGCAAGUGCAGAGAAGCCAUUGGCUAUCGUUCAGCUGGUUCACGCCGGGCGCCAGUCCAGUAGAGGGUCAGGGCGCUACCCUUGGGUCCCCGCAAUCGCCCCUUCUGCUGUCCCCAUGGCAACGGCCAAGGGUGCUCUGCCCUGGCCGAUCAGCAGCGUCUUCGACUGGGCGCUCUGGGGUCCCUGUCGCGCUAUGACGACCAGCGAAGUUCAGCAGCUCAUCAAGCGCUUUGCGGACAGUGCAGUACUCUGCCAUGAUGCGGGCUUCGACGGUGUAGAGCUUCACGGUAGCCACGGAUACAUGCUUGCCGCCUUCCUUUCCCCGCGCACCAACCAGCGUACAGAUCAGUAUGGCGGCUCGGCCCGCAACCGAUUCCGCAUUGUGGAAGAGAUCAUCAAAGAGGUCCGCAGCCGUGUGCCCUCAAGCUUCGUGGUGGGUAUCAAGCUCAACUCGGCAGACUACGUCCAAGGAGGCCUGACGGAGGAGGAUGCGCUCCAGAACGUGCAGUGGCUGGCCGAAAUGGGCGGCUGUGAUUUCGUGGAGAUCAGUGGAGGCAACUACGAGAACCCUUCAUUCAUGAUGCACGACUUUGACGCCGAGGGGGAGACGCGCAAGUUGAGCCAGCAGGACAAUGGCGGGGAGGCCGCCGUGAAGCCCAAAGAGGUGAAGGAGUCGACCAAGAAGAGGGAGGCAUUCUUUGCCGGCUUUGCGAAUCGGGCUGCUGGGAUGCUGCCGAAGGGUCAAGAGGGAGGAAAGGCUCCUAUGGCGCUCAUGGUGACCGGAGGUUUGAGAUCACGACGAGGGUGUGCGCAGGCGAUUGAGCAGAGCUCCGUUUCACUCUGCGGCAUGGCCCGCGCUUCUGCCUUGGACCCGAAGCUGCCCCUCAAGUUCUGCGAUGCUUCCCUUUCGGACGAAAGGGCUGCCGUGCCAAUCCCAAAGCUGGCGGAGAAGCCUCCCGCUCUCAUGUCGCUCCUGCCGCUUAAGCUUGCCGGAGCGGGUUGGACGACGCUGUACCAUGCCAUGCAGAUGGCGAGGAUGGUGAAUGGGAAGGAGCCGGACGUGAAAGCGGGAAGUUGGGAGCUGCUUAAAGGGCUCUUUGGUCCGCAGUCGAGGACAUAGAUGCGUAAGCGCUUGGAUAGACGAGGACACGAGUGAAGCAGAGUAGCGAUAGAGCGACGUGACAUUACACGAAUAUCAGACGAAACGAAAAGGGAAGCGACUCUAUAAUACAUCUAGACCACCAUCUCUACCAUCAAUUACUGCUCUGGC